AUGCCUCUUGCCAAGAAUUUCCUCCAUCCGUCUCUGGAGGAGGAGCGGAGGAAGCACAAGAAGAAAUGCCUUGUGCAGAGUCCCAAUUCCUGCUGCACAGAUGAGAAGUGUGCAGUGUGCCACCCAAUUAUCACAGUUUAUAGCCAGGCACAAAUGAUCCUUGUGUGUGUCGGCUGCUCCACAGUCCUCUGCCAGCCCAUGGGAGGCAAAGAGAGGCUUACGGAAGGAUGUUCCUUCUGA